UGUAUAUUUUUAUGUUCACACUUAUGAAUUUUGUCAUUUUUACACACAUUUCUAUCUUUGAAUAUAGUUAAUUUUCAUAUGUUAAAUAAUUUACAGACAAUCAAGAACUUCUUUGACAAUAUGGCUGAGAUUGGUUUCACGAACUACUUUACCAUGCGUAAGACUGGUGUAAUAAUUGCAGGACUGCUUUGUUUGGCUAUUCCAUCUGUUUAUAUCGCAUCUGAGAGACAGAGACUUGUAUAUUAUGAUCCAGAUAUUACUAUUUUGGGUGACAAGACGUAUGGGCGACCAAUGCAAAGGACACAACUUAUGAGCAACUCUCAAAAACGAAAAGAUAAAACUGGCCAAGAGGAAAGAACUAUAUCCGAUUUUACAGAAUACAUAUCUUCAGCAAAAUCAUCUGUUUUAACAAAAGAGUCGCUGCCAGAAUUGUCGAAAUCAACUUCUGUUAUUUCUACAACAGAAUAUGAGUCCAGUAGCUCACUCUCUUUGGCAAGUGUCAGCUCUGUAGUAGACUCUAAACGGUCUAAUAUAGAAAAUGGCACCACGAGUGAGAAAGCCGAGUCCAGACAAUUACAAAUAACGAAAAAGAGAGAAAAUGAAAUAUUGUACAACAGAAAUUAUUUAAAUGUUUCACAAGAUUUCAUUCCUGUUGUCAUAGAUUCAAAUAAAACUAUUGUUUCGAUACGUACGGAUUUUGAAAACAUAGCUUCGAUAAAUAUGAAGGACGAAAACUUUGCCACUUCGGAGGAAGUACAUAAGGCUCGUAUCAAAAGAAUACAAGAUAUGUGUAAGAAGAAAGACUUCCCCCCGAGGGGGAAAAAGAAUUUGGAAAAACAAAGGGGUUUCCCAAAAACGGGAAAACCCGAAACAAUACAAGGUUUACAAGAACUUUACAGACAAGAUUUUGAGUUAUUCGGAUAUAGCAAUUUACCACCAACAGAACAAAUGGAAAUAUGA